AUUUAUCCACUAAAACUAGUUCUACGAAUUAGGUGGUCUUUUAGAUAUAGCUGAAAUCAAAGCGAGAUUAAAGUUUGGAUCUUUUCUCACCUGUUUUACACCAAGUUGGAAUUUUGUAAUGUUUUCACACACACUCAAAAUAACUUGGCAAAUCACUAUAUAAAUACUCAUUGGGUUUGGAAAAAGAAUUUUUUUUCUGUCACAUGCUCCCAACCAGAUUACAGUAGCUACCAACAACAUCACCAUUGAUGCAAUCCACCCUCUAUCCUCAUCUCAUAUAAUAGUCUCUGACUCUCACGCUAUCAUUUUCUUCCUUCUUCAACAACCAGAGAGUUCCACUCUCCAAACGGUGAAAGCACGUUCAUGGAGCCCAACUUGGGAGAUUCCAGGGUGUUCCUUUCACUCUUCCUUGCUUCAACUUCAUUGAUUUUCCUCUCACACUUGGCUUCUGCAGCCACUCCCAAGCUCAACGCUCAAGAGGUGAAGGCACUGAAGGAUAUAGGGAGCAAGAUUGGGAAGAAAGAUUGGGAUUUUGGAGUGGAUCCUUGCAGUGGAAAAGGGAGUUGGAAUGUUUCUGAUGAUAGGAAAGGCUUUCAGAGCUCUGUGAUGUGUGAUUGUUCCUUCAAUAACAGUACUUCUUGCCAUGUUGUAAGCAUAUUCUUGAAGGGUCAGAAUCUGUCUGGUACUCUCUCACCAAUGUUUUCCAAGCUUCAGUAUCUCACAAUAUUAGACCUCAGUCGUAACAUCAUCACUGGUUCUAUACCUUCAGAGUGGAGUACCAUGGGCUUAGUUGAGAUCUCUUUCAUGGGAAACAAAUUAUCAGGGCCAUUCCCCAAAGUUCUCACCAAUAUCACAACCCUCAAAAACUUGAGUAUUGAAGGAAACCUACUUUGGGGCCACAUUCCAACGGAGAUUGAGAAGUUGGUCAAUUUAGAAAAACUCAUUCUAUCAUCCAAUGGAUUCACAGGAGCAUUGCCACCGGCAUUUUCCAAGUUGACCAAGUUGAUUGAUUUGAGGAUAAGCGACAAUAAUUUCUUUGGGAAGAUACCUGAUUUCAUUAGUAACUGGACAGUGAUAGAAAAGCUGCAUAUGCACGGUUGUUCUCUUGAGGGCCCAAUACCUUCUAGCAUUUCUGCCUUGACAAGAUUAAGUGAUUUGAGGAUAACUGACCUAAAAGGUGAUAAAACCUCAGCUUUCCCACCACUAAAUAACUUGAAAUCCAUGAAGACAUUGGUAUUAAGAAAAUGCAGGAUUAAAGGAGAAAUCCCAGAAUAUAUUGGGAGAAUGGAAAAACUGAAAAUCUUAGAUUUGAGUUACAAUAGCUUGAGUGGAGAGAUACCUGAAUCUUUUGCCGAACUUGACAAAGUAGACUUCAUGUAUCUUACUGGGAACAAGUUAUCCGGGACUAUACCACCGUGGGUCCUUGGAAACAACAAAAACAUUGAUGUCUCUGACAAUGAUUUCUCCUGGGAUAGCUCAAGUCCAACUGAAUGUCAACGAGGGAGCAUAAACCUUGCUGAAAGCUACUCUUCAUCUGUAGAUACACAAAAUAAUAUUCAUUCAUGCUUAAAAAGGAACUUCCCAUGCCCUGCUUCAGUUAGCCAAUAUCAGUACGCCUUGAACAUUAAUUGUGGUGGUAAGGAAGCAAAUAUCAGCGGUCAUAUUUAUGAAGCUGAUGGUGAACGAAAAGGUGCUGCAAUGUUAUAUUAUAGUGGCCAGGAUUGGGCUCUGAGCAGCACUGGAAACUUCAUGGACAAUGAUAUUGACUCUGAUCCAUACAUUGUGGCCAAUACUUCUAAACUUAAUAACAAUGUCUCUGCACUCAGCUCACAACUAUACACAACAGCUCGUGUUUCUCCCCUUGCUCUCACAUACUAUGGUCUCUGUCUAAUAAAUGGAAAUUACACAAUCAAACUUCACUUUGCAGAGAUUAUUUUCAUCAGUGAUAGGUCACUUAAUAGUCUUGGAAAGCGGGUAUUUGACGUCUAUAUCCAGGGGAAUUUAGUGCUGAAAGACUUUGAUAUCCAAAGAGAAGCUGGUGGUACUGGCAAGCCAAUUGUGAGGACAUUCAAUGCUACUGUCACCCAACAUACUUUGAAGAUUCACUUCUACUGGGCUGGAAAAGGAACCACUGGCAUUCCCACUAGAGGAGUUUAUGGACCUCUAGUAUCUGCUAUUUCAGUAAACCCUAAUUUUAAACCUCCAUCAAGGGGUGAUGACAACAGAACUCAUGUCAUACUGGCAAUUGGCAUAGUCGCUGGUGUUUUAGUUCUUCUACUUCUGGGACUGGUUUUCAUGAGGUGGAUGGGAUGGUUAGGAGGCAAUGAUCCGGUGUAUAAAGAGCUUAGGGGUAUCGAUCUGCAGACGGGAUUAUUUACACUAAGACAAAUCAAAGCAGCAACCAAAAACUUUGAUGCAGCAAACAAAAUUGGCGAAGGUGGCUUUGGCUGUGUUUACAAGGGCCUACUGUCAGAUGGUACAAUAAUAGCAGUAAAGCAGCUAUCUUCAAAAUCCAAACAAGGAAACCGAGAGUUUGUGAAUGAGAUGGGAUUGAUAUCUGGACUCCAACAUCCCAAUCUUGUUAAGCUUUAUGGAUGUUGUGUGGAGGGAAACCAGCUAAUACUGAUAUAUGAGUAUAUGGAAAACAAUUGUCUAUCUCGGAUUCUUUUUGGGAGGAAUCCAGAGAGCAGAAUAAAACUAGACUGGCCAACAAGGAAGAAAAUUUGUCUUGGUAUAGCUAAAGCUUUGGCUUACCUUCAUGAAGAGUCCAGAAUAAAAAUCAUACACAGGGAUAUAAAGGCAAGUAAUGUAUUGCUGGACAAGGAUUUUAAUGCUAAGGUUUCAGAUUUUGGCUUGGCAAAACUUAUUGAAGAUGACAAAACCCAUAUUAGCACUCGAGUAGCAGGAACAAUUGGUUACAUGGCUCCUGAGUAUGCAAUGCGAGGCUAUCUAACUGACAAAGCAGAUGUUUAUAGCUUUGGAGUGGUUGCACUGGAAACUGUCAGCGGAAAGAGUAAUACAAAUUUCAGGCCAAACGAGGAUUUCGUUUAUCUUCUUGAUUGGGCCUAUGUUUUGCAAGAGAGAGGGAGCCUUCUGGAGCUGGUUGACCCAGAUUUGGGUUCAGAAUAUUCAACUGAGGAGGCCAUGGUGGUGCUAAAUGUGGCUCUCUUGUGUACCAAUGCAUCUCCUACACUUAGGCCAACAAUGUCCCAAGCUGUGAGCAUGCUUGAAGGUUGGACUGAUAUUCAAGAUCUACUUUCUGAUCCGGGAUAUUCAGCUGUUAGUUCCAGUUCCAAAUAUAAGAGUAUAAGAAAUCACUUCUGGCAGAAUCCUAGUAGAACACAUAGCAUGUCAAUACCUAGUGUAUAUACUGAUUCCUCUGGCUCUCAUGUUGAAACAGAAAAGAGCUAUCGUCUUGUAACAACAGUUAAUUCAGAUGGAUCCAAUACCCAAGAAAGUGGAGUGCUAUAAGAAAGUGGUGUAUUCAAUACAAGAAAGAUAAAGAGAAAAAAAAAAGUUAAUAACUAUGUAAAAAGUUUCAUCA